AUGGUCCCCAACGUACAUCGGGACAAGUCCGCGGAGGUGAUUAAACUGAAAACUGUUAAAUAUGUCAUAUUGGGCCUCACAACAGAUGAAGUCCGACGUUAUGGGUACCUCAUCUACCGCCCCUUGGCAAGGGUCGAAGAAAUCCUUUACCAGGAUCCAAAUCUUAAUCGCAACUCUCCGAUUCCAGCCUACGAGAGGCUCAGCAGGACGCAGACCCCUUCAACCCUCAUCAAAGCCGCAGAGCAGUUCAGGUGUGUUAGUCCUAAGAGCAAUAAACUGGGCGGAACGGGCUGGCUGCUUACGCGCACCCCGUACGAAGAGCUGAGGGGCAAAUUGUUAGAGUUAUUUUCUAACAACACAAAUACGUAUCUCGACAGGCUCCGGGAUCGUAGUUAUCGCCCCGGUGAGAAUGCUCUCGACUACGUAGCUUCACUCUUUUCGCAGGCACAGACUCGUCCUGCUCCUCGAUGGCGCCAUCGGCGAAGGAACACAUUCAAAGAGCCGCAAAUUGGGCAACCCGGCGGUUCUGCAAUGGCAGAAUCUGUUGAUUGA